AUGCGUCGCUUACCCAACCGUUCUUGUAAUCAAUAUUGUUGUGUUGAUUCAAUGAAUUGUUUAAAUAACCAUAAUGAUAUUCUUCUAAAUGGUACGUGCUCCAAAUGUUGUAAUAUAGAACAUAUUUUGAAUAUGCAUACAAAUGAAUUACAUCGUUCAUACGAUGAACAUAAAUGUAAUGUUUGUGCAUUAAAUAGUGACAACCUAAGACAUAAAAGGACUGAACAAAUCAGUGAUUACACAUAUAUUAAUAACAUAAGUUAUUCAAAUGAUAUAAUUAAUUCAGACAAUAAAAUUAAAAUCAAUCUAUGUAACGAAAAUUUUGAUUCAAAUAAAUUUUCUAUGGAUAAAAAUAUAAUUAAAUAUAAUGAUGAUUGUAAUGUGGCUUCUUUCUUAAAUUCGUCCUUAUGUACCAAAAAAAAUAUUAAGCUCCAAGAAUUGGAAUGUCUUCAAAAAAAAUAUAAUAAUGCAGAGAACUUAUAUGAUAAAAAUAAAAGAAUAUAUCCUAUAAAGAAUUUAAAGAGGAAUAAUGAAAUGUCAUAUAUUAAUAAUUCAAAUAAUUCAAAUAUAAAAUGGUUACAUGAACAUGGUGACAAUACUUACUGCUUUAAUAAACAUGGAUGUUAUGAAAUGAAUACACAAAAAAUAUUAACAGGUAGAUAUGAUGAGAAGGAUAAUUUAAAUAUAAGUAAAAAAAAAGAAAAAUGUCUAUCCACUAAUCAUGUAAUAAAUAGUCCAUUGGAAAUAUUUCACAAUAACAAAAACUCAAAUAAUAAAUUAACAGAAAAAAUAAACCAUUUCGAAAUAAAACCAAAGAAAACAGAUGAUAUUAUAAUCCCAAUCAUAAAUAAUAAUGUAAUAACAAAUUAUAGGAAUCAAAGAAAGGAAAAAGAUAAUAAGUCACCAUAUGAAAAAAUAAAAGAAAGAAGUAGUAGCGAAAUUGAAUAUAACCAAAUAAAUGAUAUUUGUCCAUAUGAUAAAAAAUUAAAAAGGUACUCAUUAAAUGAUAUACAAAAAGGAAAAGUUGAGAUACCAGAAAUUAUAUUUAAAAAAUUACCCAUUCAUAAAAGUACAGAUAAUCUAAUUGAAUCAUACAAAAAUAAUAAAAAACUUUUAAAAUUUAUGGAAGAUUGUAAUAAAUCUACUAGUCUUAUAUUAAAAUAUCCUGAAAUACAAAAAAAAGGAAAACAUAAAAAACAACAAAAGACAUAUAAAUUACCUUUUGAAUAUUCAUCAUUUAUUAGUAAUAAAAUAGGAUCUACUAUUAUAUAUGAAGACAAAUUUGAUAGAAAAAAUUAUCAUCCUCAUGUGAAAAAUUUACACAUGGGUAAACAAUUUGAAAAACAUGUUUUUAAUAUAUUAAAGAAUAAAAAAUUAAUUGGAAAAAAAUUAUUUAGUAAAAGUAAUAAAUAUAAAAUGUAUAAAUAUAAUAAUCAGAAUGGUUUUUGGAUUAGUAAUAUUGACAAAGAACGUUUAGUAUGUCCAGAAAAAAAUGAUUCUUAUAUUACAGAAUUAAUUUAUAUAAAAAAUGAUAAUUAUGAUCAACAAAUGGAUAUAUUAAAAAAAUGUGAAGAUUAUGAUAAUAUCAUUCCACCUAUAGAACAAUUUUAUAAAAAUAAUAACUUUUAUUAUUUUCUACAAAAGGAAAAAAUAUAUACAGGUAGUAUACAACCACUCAUAGCAACAAUAAUGAAAAGAUAUGACUUAAAGGAUGGGCAUACAGAAAAAAAAUUUUCUUCACCCCAAGAUAUAACCACAGGAGCUUAA